AUGAAGGAGCUUGACUACGUAGAGAGGGAGCUAUCUGGACGACUGUCAGGUUACUUUUGGCGGAUGGUGUACCAAAACGAAGAACUUUACUCGAAUGUGGAUGUGGCGUACUGGAGGAUCCCAAGUGGAAAACAUCAACAUCUUGGUCGGGCUUCUGAAGGAGUCACGGAAAACCAUCUGCGCUUCUUUGGGCACGUGAUGAGGAGACCGUUUCAUCGCCCUGAGGAUCCAAGUUGUUCUGAGGAUGUUCCUAGAAUCGGACUGGAAAAUGAGACCAAGUCGUAA